GUUGCUCGUAACCGAGGCACCUGUCUCUCACACUCAUCUCUACCGUGAUGCACUCAGUGUCUUCGUACUACUCAUCGUACUACUACUCGGACGACGAGGGAGCCAAGUCGCCUUCGCCACGGGCCGGGCGGCGGAGUCGCGAUGCGGCGAAACCAUCCCGGGAGGAGGGACGGGUGAACAAGGCGAGCAAGACGAGCAAGACCACCACGGGAGGGAGCAAGACGGCAAUGGCCGGUACAGGUGGUGCGGAUGGGAAUGCGGGUAUCUCUACGGCGGAAAAGUACCGCAAGGCACGGGCAGCGCAUGCAAGUGGCGACGUGGAGGCCAUGCGGGCGGCGCACGCAGCGCAUGUUGAGAAUCACGCCGAGGCCGGAUCGUACGUCAAGGCGCUGGUCUUUGGUGGGCUGGAUGGCAUCGUGACCACGUUUGCUGUUGUGGCAGGCGUGGCUGGCGCCAACCUCUCGACCGGCAUUGUCCUCGUUCUUGGCCUCGCCAACCUCAUCGCCGAUGGCCUCUCGAUGGGCGUCGGUGAGUUUGUGUCGGGCAAGGCCGAGCUGGAGUUCAUGCGGUCGGAGCGCAAGCGCGAGGAGUGGGAGGUCGACCACGCCAUCGAGCAUGAAAAGCAGGAGAUGGUUGAACUGUACACAGCCAAAGGCAUGACCGAAGACGACGCCGUCACUGUGGUCGACAUCAUCUCCAAGGAUCCCAAGCUCUUUGUCGACAUCAUGAUGGUCGAGGAGCUCGGCCUCAACCCAGACGACGAGAACGAGUCGCCGGCCAAGCAAGGCCUUGUCAUGUUCUUCUCGUUCCUCAUCUUUGGUGCCGUCCCGCUCGUCGCAUACAUUGUCUCGCGCCUUGCCGGCGUCGGCGGCAAGGGCGGCGUCGACGCCAACUUUGCUGUCUCGUGUGCCAUGACCGCCGUCACCCUCUUCAUCCUCGGUGCAUUCAAGCAGCACAUCUCCAUGCACGGCAAGAUUGGCUCCAUCAUCAAGGGCGGCCUCAUCAUGGUUCUCAACGGUGGUGUCUCGGCCUCGGCUGCGUUCUUCGUCGGUCUCUUCCUCCGCUUCCUCAUCGAGGAGGAUUCGGACGCCGCCUAACUCUAUUCUCAGUCCCAUCAGUCGUGGCUUGGAUUUCUUAGUCUCAUGCUACCAUUAUCAAUGUCAUACACCCAAGCUUCAAUCCAAUUUCUCGCAUGUCUGGCGAUCUGUUGGCGAAGCUGUCCGGGGGGGGGGGGGGAGGGCGACGCUCGCAC